ACGUCAUCGACCGGCUGCAUCAGAACGCCACGCGUCACUUGCUCAACGACAAUAUGACGUCACUCGCUGGCGACGACGCCGUCAUGGACAGCGUCCACAGCCCGUACCAGUGGAGGAUUCAGAUCAUCAGAUGCAUCAGCUGGCACGAGGCGCUGCAGAGCGUGUGGCGGAAGUUGCAACUAAGAGGCUUAGUGGAAUUCAGACAUCCUUUCCCGCUGGACGAAACAUCAUCGCGACGAACCACAGCCGCCGAUUUCAUCGCAUUGGCCAACCAAGCGCGACGGGACUCAGACCCCGGAAAACUUCGGGCUCAAAAGGAGCACGUGCUUACCGAGAUGUAUAGGAGCGUGCCCUUGGAUGUUCUCGAGGAUAUAAGGACAACAUUUCAGGCGGAUUUUGAGAUGUUCGAGUACGAUUCAAGCCCGACCGAGAUUUUCGAACGUUCGUCCGCCUUUUCUGUCAAGAAUGUGCUUGAUUUUCGGACGCAAAAUAUCACAAUUCCUUGACUACGCAGUUAUUCAUAAUUGUGUUCGUCUUGCUCGUUCUUAAUGGCGUUGAACUUAAACUAUUAUUGUAUUUUCUAUUUUAUUUGAAAAGCUGUGUACCUUAUUUAAAAAAAAAAAAUUACUGACUAUUUCAUCGCAUGUAUUUAGUUCAUUUUUACGAAAAAGUAUAGCUAAUGAAUAUUGCGAUAGUGCGAUCAACUGUAAUCGCCCGGUAGUCAAAAAAUGUUCGAACUGCCGGAAUAAUUACGCAUUAUGUAUGCCUUAGCGCCUUCGUACUUUUCCUUGUUUGUAUAAAUAUUUAAAACUGUUCAAAAU